AUGGCACACACCAAUGGCGAAUUGGAGCCCUCGAAAGAGGUUCCUCAGGAAAAUGGAACCCACUUGGAGGGUGCUGCGGAGGAUGAGAACGCUGGUGGUCUCUUCCAAAUCUCCGUCAAGCUUCCUCAUGAACCCUACAAGAUUCAAGUGAUGGUCUCGAGCCAAGAACAGGUUCAAGAUGUUCGCCAAUCCAUCGUCGAGCUCCCCGGUACCUUCCAGUACACCUGCUUCCACCUUGAGUUCAACGGCAUCCGCGUCAACGACUUUGUCGAGCUGUCCGAGGUCCCCGAUCUGAAGGCCAACUCCGAGAUCGUGCUGGUUGAGGAGCCCUACACUGAGAAGGAGGCCCGUAUGCAUGUGGUGCGCAUGCGCGACCUGGUUGGUGCCGCUGGAGAUCGUGUUGACACCCUCCACGGUAUCUCUGCUGGUCUCUCCUUGCACGAUUCCAUCUCCGCAGAGGCAGCUCUUGCCGGUGAAUCAGAGAAGGACCACUCGCUCGCCAAGUACGACCUGACUGGUCCCUCUUCCCUGCAGACCAUUCUUCCCCAGUCUGAGGCUCCUCUUCCCAAGACUGUGAAGUCGAUCUCGCUUUCACCAUGGAACCCCGUUCCAUACCACCUCCGCCAGAAGGGUCACCUUCUCUACCUCCAGGUCCAGACCAUGGAGGGCGAGCAGUUCCAGAUCACUUCCCACGUUUCAGGAUUCUUUGUGAACAAGAGCUCGACCAGCCGUUUUGAUCCCUUCCCCAGAUCGAUCCCCAAGAAGGCCAGCGCCCACUCUCUCCUCACUUUGAUUUCCAUCCUCUCUCCCUCUUUCAACGCUUCCUUCGAGGCCCUGCAGGAGGCCAACAACCAGAAGGAUCUCCUGACCACCUUCCCCUUCCAGAACGCCAUCCCCAACAGCCCAUGGUUGGUUGCCCCGACUUCGUCGACCCUGAACGCUCACCAGCCCGACAUCACCCGUUCGCAGGAGAGCUUCUUGAUUUCCGGUGCCGACAACGCUGAGACUCUGCGUGAUUGGAACGAGGAGUUCCAGACCACCCGCGAGCUUCCUCGUGACACUGUCCAGGAUCGCGUGUUCCGUGAACGUCUGACUUCCAAGUUGUUCGCCGAUUACAACGAGGCUGCUGCCCGCGGUGCGGUGCUGGUUGCCCGUGGCGAGGUUGCUCCUCUGAACCCCACCGAGGCUCAGGAUGCCCAAAUCUUCGUUUACAACAACAUCUUCUACUCCUUUGGCGCUGACGGUGUUGGCACCUUCACCUCCGAGGGUGGUGACGAGGCCGCUCGCGUUGCCGUUGGCAAGGACGUUCUUGGUAUCAAGGCUGUGAACCAGCUUGAUAUCCAGGGUCUGUUCACUCCUGGUACCGUGGUUGUUGAUUACUUGGGUAAGCGUAUUGUGGGUCAGAGUAUUGUCCCAGGAAUCUUCAAGCAGCGCGAGCCAGGUGAGCACCAGAUCGACUACGGUGGUGUUGAGGGCAAGGAGGUUGUGGCUACUCACGAGGACUUUGUUCCUGUCUUUGAGAAGCUGUCUAAGGCACUCCGUAUCAAGCAGCACCCUGUUUGGGAUAAGGAUAACAAGCGUCACGACCUUCAGGGCAGUGUUGAGACCAAGGGUCUUCUCGGCACUGAUGGUCGCAAGUAUGUUCUUGACCUUUACCGUAUUGCCCCUCUGGAUGCUCAGUGGCAGGAGGAGAUCGGCGAAGAUUCCUACCCCCACCGCAUGUCGGUUUUGAGAUUGGAGUUGGUUGAGUCAUACUGGAGACACAAGAUGAGCCAGUAUGUUAAGGCUGAGGUUGAGAAGCGCCGCGCUGCCAAGGCUGAGGAGACACCCAAGGAGAAGACCGAAGGUGAAUCUGAGGAGAAGUCUGAGGAGAAGACCGAGGAGGCUGCUGAUCAAGAGCGUGUUGACAUCUCUGGAUUCAACCUGUCCCUGAACCCUGAUGUUUUCAGCGGUCAGGUCCCCCAGACCGAGGAGGAGAAGGAGCAGUGGGCUAAGGAUGAGCAGGAAGUGCGUGAUGCUGGUGACCACUUGCGGUCUAAGAUCAUUCCUGAUUUGGUCAAGGAUCUGCACGACGGUGAUGUUGGUUUCCCCAUGGAUGGCCAAUCAUUGACCCAGCUGCUGCACAAGCGCGGUAUCAACAUCCGCUACCUGGGUAAGCUGGCACAGCUUUCUACUGAGAAGGGUGCCCGUUUGCAGGCUUUGUCCACUCUCCUUGUUCAGGAGAUGGUUGCUCGUGCCUUCAAGCACGUUGCUAACGGCUACCUGCGUAAUGUCCCUGCUCCUUUCGCCGCUCCUUGUGCUGCUCACUUGCUCAACUGUCUCUUGGGUACUGAUGUGAACUCCGCCCCCGUCGCUGAGAUUGAUCAGUCUCUUCGUGAGGUUUACCCUGAGGGUGACUUUUCUUUCGAGAAGGUGACUCCUGAGUCCCUGCGAACUGCUAUUGAGAAGCAGGUUACUCUACGUUACCGAUUCACCCUGGAGAAGAGCUGGGCCGACUCUCUCAGACAUCUCCAGCUCCUCCGUGACAUCUCCAUCAAGCUUGGUCUUCAGCUUGGUGCUCGCGACUAUGCUUUCAACAAGGCCGAUGUCAAGGCACCAGCUCCGGCUCCUGCCCCUGUCAACGGAAACAGCCAGGAUGAAGGCAAGAAGCGCAAGGGCAAGAAGGGCGGUGAUAACAAGGCCCCCGCUCGCGCUGUCGUUGAGAAGGCCAAGCCUGCUGUCUCUAUCCUUGCAGAUGAUAUUCUCAACAUUGUGCCACUUGUCAAGGAUGCUUCUCCUCGUAGUGCUUUGGCUGAAGAGGCCCUGGAGGCUGGUCGAAUCUCUCUCAUGCAGAACCAGAAGGAAUUGGGCCAGGAGCUCAUUCUUGAAUCUCUGUCCCUGCACGAGCAGAUCUAUGGCAUCCUCCACCCCGAGGUUGCCAAGCUCUACCACCAGCUGUCCAUGCUCUACUACCAGACUGAUGAGAAGGAAGCCGCCGUGGAGCUGGCUCGCAAGGCUGUCAUUGUCACCGAACGCACUAUGGGUGUUGACUCCGCUGACACUAUUCUCGCCUACCUGAACCUGAGCUUGUUUGAGCACGCCUCUGGCAACACCAAGACUGCCUUGGUGUACAUCAAGCACGCUAUGGAUCUCUGGAAGAUCAUCUACGGCGCUAGCCACCCCGACUCCAUCACUACCAUGAACAACGCCGCCGUGAUGCUGCAACACCUUAAGCAGUACGGUGACUCUCGCAAGUGGUUCGAGGCUUCCCUCUCCGUUUGUGAGAACCUGUUUGGCAAGGAGUCUAUCAACACCGCCACUAUCCUGUUCCAGUUGGCACAGGCCCUCGCCCUGGACCAGGACUCCAAGGCUGCCGUCGGCAAGAUGCGUGAUGCCUACAACAUCUUCCUUGCUCAGCUCGGUCCCGAGGACCGUAACACCAAGGAGGCCGAGUCCUGGUUGGAGCAGUUGACCCAGAACGCUGUUUCCAUCGCCAAGCAUGCCAAGGAUAUCCAGGCCCGUCGUCUGCGUCGUAUCGCUGUCAACCCGCGUACCUCCUCCAUGGGUACUCGCGUUCAGCCCCAGGUUGGUCAGACCGCUCCCGAGACCGCUGGCACGGCCGGUGUCUCUGGCUCAUCCAUGGACUCCCGCAGCAUUGAUGAGCUGCUGAAGUUCAUCGAGGGUGGUGAUGCCAACUCUUCUGGCUCCAAGCAAAAGAAGCGUUCCGCUGCCAACCCCAAGCUCCGGGGCUCCAAGCAGUCCAAGGCAUAG